GAAAGAGGCGAACAACAAAAACAACAAGACAGGCGAGGGAAUGAAAAAUAAAAGGAGACGGACGACCGAAAACCGACAAACGAAAAGCAAGGAGGGAUAAAGGAGUCGAGAUCAAUUAAACACCGCCGGACAUCACACGGAGAAAUUUGUCAUAGAAAUUGGUUCUUUUGUAAACAAAACACAAACUCGCAAACACACACGUUUCUUUCGCAUACGUUACACAAUUGUGGAUUGUGGAGUGUCAAUUUGUCCGGAAUCAGUGUAAAUCGCGAUGAGUAUUUGGGGUGUCCGAUGUCUGACGCAGAAGUUCAUCCGGCAGGCGUACAUCCUGGCCAACAGAAGGAUACUGGGUCCAGAUCCGCAGCGCUCCCCGCCGGCGUACGCUCCUCUGCGGCCGGCACACAGCAGCCUGUAUCAAAUGGUAAAGAAACGCACCCUCGAGGCGCGCACCAAAUUGCAAGCCAACAAGUAUCCGAAUCAUCAAGCCUGCGUCGCCAAGCCCUCGACCACGCCCCCUCCGGAGGAGUUCGGCGCGGUUGUGGAGGGCACCUCCAUGCCCACCUACGCCAAUGCCCAGUUUCAAGCCCCAUCCCAGUCGGAGCCACUCUUCAAAGUGGGCUUUGCUGAUGUCAAGAGCGUCUGCAGCGCAAAGGAUGUGCUAAAGUCAGACAGUGCCAAGCUCAGCACCAGUCAGCCAGUCCUGGAUUCCUGCAAACCCACGCACGCCUGCGAGGAGUUCAAGCGCAAACGCAAGGAGACAACCUGCCAACCCUGCAACGAGGAUGGAACUGCGCCCGGUGGCAGUGGUGGCGGCGAUGAGGAGUGUGAGUGCCGGAUGAAGGACCUGCGACUGAAGUGCCUGCUGGGAGCGCUGGCUGCCCUGUUAGCCGGAGGAUUGCUCGCCUGGUUCAUGACGCGGGACACGGAUGACCUUGAGGCCAGAAAAGCCCAGGAAGAGGAGGAGGAACGGAAACGUAGAUUAAUAGCUGGACUAGCUACGAGUCCGCCCAGUUCUGCAGACCUUCCCAAGCAUGUUCCGUACCUUAUUAUCGGUGGCGGAACCGCUGCCUUCUCUGCGUUCCGAGCCAUCAAGUCCAACGAUGCAACUGCCAAGGUUUUGAUGAUUAGCAAUGAGUUCCGCAAGCCCUACAUGCGUCCUCCGCUCUCCAAGGAACUGUGGUACACACCCAAUCCGAACGAGGAUCCCAUCAAAGAUUAUCGUUUCAAGCAAUGGACGGGUUCCGAGAGAAGCUUGUUCUUUGAGCCGGACGAGUUUUUCGUGGACCCCGAGGAUCUGGAUGACAGUGCAAACGGCGGAAUUGCCGUCGCUCAAGGUUUCGCUGUGAAAAAGGUGGACGCGCAAAAGCGCAUAGCAACGUUGAACGACGGUUAUGAGAUUAGCUACGACGAAUGCCUGAUCGCCACGGGCUGUGCCCCCAAGAACCUCACAAUGCUGCGCGAUGCGCCGCCCAGCGUUCUCGAAAAGGUAAUGGUCUACCGCACGCCCGAUGAUUUUGAUCGCCUACGAAGAUUGGCGGCGGAGAAGCGAUCAAUCACCAUUGUGGGCAACGGUUUUAUCGGAAGUGAGCUGGCCUGCUCUUUGGCCCACUACUCCAGGGAGAACAAUGGCGGCAAAGUGUACCAAGUGUUUCAGGAAAGCGCCAACAUGUCAAAGGUGCUGCCCAACUACUUGAGCCGCUGGACGACGGCAAAGAUGGAAGCCCAGGGCGUCUGCGUCAUCCCCAAUGCCAGCAUUCGAUCGGCGGUGCGAGAUGAAACCAAUCUGAAGUUGGAGCUGAACAAUGGAAUGACUUUGAUGUCCGACGUGGUGGUAGUCUGCGUGGGCUGCACACCCAACACAGAGCUAGCGGCUCCCAGUAGAUUAGAGGUGGACAGAAGUCUAGGUGGUUUCGUGGUCAAUGCGGAGCUGGAGGCCAGACGGAAUCUCUACGUGGCUGGCGAUGCUUCCUGCUUCUUCGAUCCUCUGCUGGGCAGACGGCGGGUGGAGCACCAUGAUCACUCGGUGGUCUCUGGUCGGCUGGCCGGCGAGAACAUGACAGGAGCAAAAAAGCCCUAUCAACAUCAGAGCAUGUUUUGGUCCGAUCUGGGUCCAGAGAUCGGUUACGAGGGAAUCGGCCUGGUGGACUCAUCCCUGCCCACCGUUGGCGUAUUCGCCCUGCCCUCGGAUAGCGCCAAACGCGUAGACCAACUGUCCGACUCCAGUGAUCCUGAGAUCCCAGCGACCGCGAAUACCAGCCAGUCGACGAAAAGCGAUGCCACUGGCAGCACCGAUGGCGUUACCUGUGAUCCCGAUGAGGCGGCCAACUAUGGCAAGGGUGUGAUAUUCUAUUUGAAGAACGACAAGAUCGUCGGCAUCCUGCUGUGGAACCUCUUCAAUCGGAUAGGCUUAGCUAGGACAAUAAUCAAUCAGAAUAAGAAGUACGAUGACCUCAAUGAGGUGGCCAAACUGUUCGAGAUUCAUGCGUAGAAACUGUAGUGUCCCAAAGGACCAAGGAGUAGAUCUUAUCACAAUCCUGGAAAGCUUAUUAGCCCGCAGCGAAACAGAAACGAUCAGAACCGGAUGCCUUAAACUAUGUUUACUGUGUACAUAUGCAACUGCAACUAGGUACGAACGGCAAUGGCGCAAUGCAACAGAAAUUUUAGUUUUAUUAUUUUUGGAAUAAACCUUUUUUUGUAGUCGACGACAUUGAUACGGUUAUGUGGCAGCAAUAUGCGUAUCUGCAUGUAAAUAUUUAAAAGUCGUGGAUAAGAAGAUAUCUGUUGAAUUGUGUGUAAUUUUCCUAAUAAAAGAAGCACCAAAAAAAUUUGUUGACACAAAAUUGCACGUACCACCUGAAUUGUA